AUGUCGUAUCCCGGACAGCAGCAUAACAGCUACGGUCACCAUGGAUCCAGUGGUGGUGGCGGUGGCGGCUACGGACCACCUUCGGGCCCUCCUCCUCAACAGGGCGGUUAUGGAGGUGGUUAUGAUAGCAGUGGAUAUGGUAGCAGCGGCGAUUAUGGCCCGCCAUCGGGCCCUCCUCCUACAGGACCGCGUCCUGAUUUUGGUGGAAGUCAUAGCAAUGGUGGUAGCCAGUAUUCGAGUUAUGGACCUCCUUCAGGGCCACCUCCAGGAUCGCAUCCUGGCGAAUAUGGCCACAGUGUUCCUACGAACCAGAUGCACAGCUACGGUCCAAACGACCAGCUCCAGUACCAAUUGUCCGACUGUUCAGGCAAGCGCAAGGCUUUGUGUAUUGGUAUCAACUAUAUUGGCAGUAAGAACGCUUUAAGAGGCUGUAUCAACGAUGCUCAUGCCAUUUCUGCUUAUUUACAAGACCGUCAUGGAUAUAAGAAAGACGAUAUGGUCAUUUUGACCGACGACUCGCGUGACCCACGAUCUAUUCCUACUAAAGAGAAUAUCCUUCGUGCUAUGCAAUGGCUGGUUUCUGGAGCUCAAACUAAUGAUACUUUGUUUUUACAUUAUUCAGGCCAUGGUGGUCAAACUCGUGAUUUGGAUGGUGAUGAAGACGACGGAUUUGAUGAGACUAUUUAUCCUGUGGACUUUGAACAGGCUGGUAAUAUUGUCGAUGAUCAGAUCCACGAUAUAGUGGUUCGUCCAUUGAUGCCAGGAGUGAGACUGACUGCCCUUUUCGACUCUUGUCAUUCAGGAUCUAUUCUGGAUCUGCCCUAUUUAUACUCGACCAAGGGACUAUUGAAGGAGCCCAAUUUGGCUAAAGACGCUGGUAUGGGACUUAUGGGCGCUGUGACCUCGUACUCACGAGGCGAUCUGAUGGGAGUGUUCAAUAGUUUGAACUCCGUGUACAAGAAAGCCACCACAGGCGGGCGAGCCAACGAAAUCACCCGUCGAACCAAGUUCUCGCCAGCAGACGUGAUCCAACUAUCUGGCUGUAAGGACGACCAAACGUCUGCCGACGCCGUUGAAGGCGGCACUAACACCGGAGCCAUGUCGUACUCGUUCAUCGAGGUCAUGAGUCAGAACCCCAAUCAGUCCUACAUCUCACUACUCAACAACAUGCGCCAGGUCAUGGCCCGCAAGUACACUCAACGGCCCCAGCUCAGUUGCAGCCAUCCCCUCGACAUGAACCUCCACUUCAUGAUCUAG